AUGAACUCCUUUGCCCCGGAAUGCACUAAAGCCAAGAAGGAGUACGACAACUGCUUCAACAACUGGUACUCGGAGAAGUUCCUCAAGGGAGAGUCCAUGGAGAACGAGUGUGCCGAUCUGUGGCACGAGUACGAGGAUUGCGUCAAGGCCGCUCUUGCCAAGAAGGGUGUUGGAAAGAUGAUUGACGAGGCUCGAAAGCAGGCUCCGUUUGAGAACGGCGGCAAGCUCGUGGAGGAGGAUGAAAAGAAGAAGUAA